GCCAAACGGCCUCUCAGAGAAAAACUGCCCCAAGCAGCCUUCUCCGGGCUGUUUGAGAGCAAAACUCAAGAGUUCACACGCAGUUCUGGACGCUGUGGAAAACCGGUUGGUUAUUCCCCUCCUCCAGGUGAGUACAUAAAGAACUGGCGACCGCGUUACUUCCUGCUGAAGUCAGACGGAUCCUUCAUCGGCUACAAGGACAAACCGCAGGACUCGGACCUGGCGUACCCCCUCAACAACUUCUCUGUAGCAAAAUGUCAGCUGAUGAAGACGGAGCGGCCCAAGCCGAACACCUUCAUCAUCCGCUGCCUGCAGUGGACCACCGUCAUCGAGAGGACCUUCCACGUGGACACUCCUGAUGAGAGGGACGAGUGGGCCGAGGCCAUCCAGACGGUCGCAGAGUCUCUGGCCAAGCAGGAGGAGGAGGGCAUCCUCUGCAGCCCCUCCUCCGCCAUCGAGAACGUCAACGAGGAGGAGAUGGACACCUCCAUCGGACACUACAAGCGGAAGACAAUGAAUGACUUUGACUAUCUGAAGCUUCUGGGCAAAGGCACUUUUGGGAAAGUCAUUCUGGUGAGGGAGAAGGCGAGCGGCAUCUACUACGCCAUGAAGAUCCUCAAGAAGGAAGUCAUCAUAGCAAAGGAUGAAGUUGCUCACACACUCACAGAAAGUAGGGUAUUAAAAAACACUCGGCAUCCAUUCCUAACUUCUCUGAAGUACUCGUUCCAGACGAAGGAUCGGCUGUGCUUUGUAAUGGAGUACGUCAACGGAGGAGAGCUGUUUUUCCAUUUGUCAAGAGAAAGAGUUUUCUCGGAGGACCGCACCCGUUUCUACGGCGCUGAGAUCGUCUCUGCUCUAGAUUACCUUCAUUCUGCAAAGAUCGUCUAUCGGGAUCUGAAGCUGGAGAACCUCAUGUUGGACAAAGACGGCCACAUCAAGAUCACAGACUUCGGCCUGUGCAAAGAAGGCAUCACCGACACUGCCACCAUGAAGACCUUCUGUGGGACCCCAGAGUACCUGGCCCCUGAGGUGCUGGAGGACAACGACUACGGCCGGGCGGUGGACUGGUGGGGUCUGGGUGUGGUGACGUACGAGAUGAUGUGCGGCCGCCUGCCGUUCUACAACCAGGACCACGAGAAGCUGUUCGAGCUCAUCCUCAUGGAGGAGAUCAAGUUCCCCAGAACUCUGUCUGCAGACGCCAAGUCGCUGCUGUCAGGGCUGCUCAUCAAGGACCCCAACAAACGGCUGGGCGGCGGGCCGGAUGACGCGAAGGAGAUCAUGAGACACAGCUACUUCAAUGCAGUCGACUGGCAGGACGUCUACGACAAGAAGCUGGUCCCUCCUUUCCAGCCGCAGGUCAGCUCAGAGACGGACACACGCUACUUCGACGAGGAGUUCACAGCACAGACCAUCACCAUCACUCCGCCGGAGAAAUACGAUGAGGACGGGAUGGACGCGGCGGACAACGAGCGGAGGCCUCACUUCCCACAGUUCUCGUACUCAGCCAGCGGGCGGGAGUGAGCCGCCGUCAUCCCCAUCCGUGGCCAUUUUUGAGGAAAACACGUAGCCAUUUUAGGAAAAAAAAAAUACCAGUCUCCCCUCUUUUUCUCCUGCUCUGCCUCCUCACAGACGGGGAGGAGUCUUUUUAGGGACUUUAAAAAGAGGUUUUUGCACAGUGGGAUAGACUCCAGCCGGUCUCCCCACACUAAAAAAAAAUAAGUCUCCUACAUUUUCAGCGCUAUUUACUGCAGAAGGCAAUGUUUUUGUUAUUUAUUUUUUCUCUCCGUCAGUAUUAAGUUGUCGACCCGGGUCAUCUUUUGGUUGUUUCUGCCCUUAUUUUCUUAAAAUCUUCUUUUGACUUUUUUGCACUUGGUUUGGAAGAGCCGUUUUAGGGAACAAAAAACCAAAAAUGUUGCCUUACGUGUGCAGAUGUUUCGUAUCAUACCGACAGGGUGUUUUGUUUAGUUUUUCGGGGAGAGGGCGGGCGGGGUUUCGGGGGUUGUGAGAGGGGAGGGGGGGGGGGGUUAUUCUUAGUUGAGAAUAAGUGCAUGGCUCGUGGUUCACUCAAAAAAAAUGUUUCUUUCUCAUGCAUUUGCCAUGGCAGCGCACAUUCCCCCAAAUCCCAUGGCAAUGAAAUCACUGUCUGCAGAUAAACUUAAAAACAAAAGGACGAGGACGGACGAGUCUGUGUCAUUCCUUUCAUCGUUGCAGUGUUACUACUUUCGUAUUUUUUCAGCCCCAUGUGUUUUUUUUGCGCUUUUACUUCCAAGUUUGUUCUUUUAUUUUGAAAACAGGAAACACUAAACUGCCAGAAACUGCACAGUUCACUCAGGCGCCACAGAGCACAACCGCGUUCAAACUCAGCUAACCGCUCCAGCUUUCCACAGCCGGCAGGGGAACGAGGCCUUCUCUGCUUUCUCACCGCUUCUCCUCUUCUUCCUCCUCCUCCUCUUCCACCUCCUCCUCUUCUUCACCUCCGCUCUUUGUUUCCUCAUCUUAGCUGUAGGACUAGUGGAAUGGGUGUUUACACAGGGAAAUGUGGCUUAAUGUAUGUAUGUAAUGUAUGUGGGACAUGGGGGUCAACUUUAUGCUGUCAUAGCACACACACACACACAUAUAUAUUUACACUCAGAAACAGGAAACAGCUGUGACUGAAGUUGGCAGUUUACUCCGAACAAAAGCUAAUUUGGCGUUUUCUGAAAUGAACGGCAUAUCAGAUCACUCAAUGCAACUUAAGGCGUGUGUUUAAAAACAUAUUUUAGACGAAGCUGGAGUUUGCAAGUUGCUUCAAGACGACGCUCUCUGAUAAUGUGGUGAUCCACAGCCAGGUUUCCAUACAAAUGCAUUCGUACAUUUUGCUGAAUUUAGAGUAAAAUGUGCCCGUUCCCAAUACACUACCGUUAUGCGAUUUAUGGGAAGUUUGGUUCGUAGCGAUCAGCAGUAGGUGGUGCCAAUUCCUCAUUCAGAAAACCAUUAUAGCAUUGUGGAAGAAGAGGAUGCAACAAGAUGACGUGAUUUAAAACAUCGGUCAGUGUCAGGCUCACUGACAAUUAGCAUUUCCUGUGUUUCCGACUCCAAAAGAAAACUUGUUUUGCCAGUUAAAGGCUUUUAUUGAGAAGCUGCAGCGCUGGGAAACGUUCAGUUUGCAUUAGAUGGUACUCUUUGGGGAAUGUUGCCACAGACACCAAGUUUGUUAUCUUGCAAAUGUAAAAAAUACUACAAUACUUUAAUCAGUAGGCUUAAUCACUAUUUGAAUGCCUCUUAUGGUGAUAGCGACUUCACAGACAUUUAUUUAAAUGGAAAUCUUUUAAAUUGAGACUUUAAUCUGCUUCAGUUAAAUGUUAGAGCGGCAGCGGCUCAUCCAGCUUCAUGUCAACUACAACCGAUGGUAGUUUAGAAACACAUCCAGGCAUUAUUAGCUCCAACCUAGAGAGUCCUGCCCUCUAGUGGUUUGGUCUAACUCUCAUGUUGCUGUUAAACUCCUGCAUUUCACCACAGGGAUUCAUUUCAUUUCAUUUCAAACCUUUAUUUAACCAUAUUGGUCCCAUUGAGAUCAUAGAUCUAUUUUUCAAGGGAGACCUGCAGCAUAUAGGUUCCACAUACAUAAAACAAUAAAGGAUAUCAUACAUUAUGAGGACAUCAUACAUUAUAAAAGGCACUUCUUAUCUUAUUUCUUAGUGGUUUGAGAGAAAGACAAGAAGACCCUUCGCUGAAGAGUAGCGAAACAUCUUUUAGUUUUUCAAAAGAAAGAUAAUUAAAACGAGGUUAUUUUUCAUGCCAAAUGAGCAGAAAAUGCCGUUUCAGCCUCAGAGAUGGAGAUGUCCUGCUCUUCUCUGUUUUAUAUCACAUUAAAGUGAACAUCUAUGGCUUUUGGAUUGAAUAAACAAGACAUUUAAAGACAUCAUCUUGGACUUUGAGAAACUGGGAUGGACAGUUUUCACAAUUUUCUGACGUUUUAGAAAGCAAACGAUCAAUCUAGACAACAAUUAGCCGAUUAACCCAUAAAGUCAAUAAUCACAGCCUUAAAGGUGGGGUAGGUACGUUUGAGAAACCGGCUCGAGAUACACUUUGUGUUAUAUUCCAUGGAAUGCUCUUAACAUCCCGAUAGCAAUGAAUAUCUUCAGUGCUUUGACAACAAAUCCAUUAAAAAAUGUCAUCAGUGGAAGCCGUGGCGCUGUAAAAAGCACGACCAAUCAUCUGAGCCGGCCCGGCUAAAGUAACUGGAUGGCCUACCUGCCUGUCAGCCUUCCAUCGGGGCACAAACUGAUCUCGUGCCCUCAUUGGUCAUGUGCGCGUUCGUGUGUGUUGGAGGAGGGGCUCUGUGAGGAAGUGGCAGAUUCUUUCCGGUUGUGUAUUUUCAAACUCCAGCGCGCUCGAGCUGGUUUCUCAAAUCACCUACCCCACCUUUAGAUCUGAACCAAAACAAGCUGUAUAUCAAAACUGAAUCUGACGUUUCGGUUGAGUAUUGAUAAUUCACAUUGAAAGAAAAGAAAAACACAUCAAAGUGAAUUUGUUUUGGAGAAAACUGUCCACUUAAUAUAAUCUGCUGCUCACACUCUUCAGGGUUCCUGCACACUUUCAGAAAGGUUCAUUCAGAGGAGGAGAUUUGGGGGGUUUCCAGGUCUUUAAACGCUGUUUGUAAUUGCUGAAGUUAUUGGAAAUAAUUGUUUUCUUGACGUCCAUGUGUACAAGUGAUGAGACAAAUGACUGUGAAACAUAUCGAACAGCGAGGGAAGUUCUACUGGUUUUUUAUUGUGUGUGAACAAUUUGGAUCUGUAUUGGAAGUGUGUAGGAACCCUGGCAACACACACAUCAUUCAUACUCACACACUGAUAACAAAGAGACUGUUUUUAGACGAUAGAUCAGUGAAGAAAAUGUAAUUUAUCACACGGACACUAACAUAAUCGUGGCUUCCAGAUGCAGGCCUUCUGUCCUGUCAGUAUGAGAUACAUUUAUACACACACACGUUUUUAAACCUAAAAUGGUAUCAAUAAAUCACUUAUCAUGUCACGAGAAAAACUGAGCCGUGAGACACUCCUGUAUGAAGACUGUGAGGACUGCCAGAAAAAAGUCGCCCCAAAACUCCUCGAUGUAAAUAUGCAAUGCCUUUUUUCUUUCUUGGGUCUAUCGUGGCAUCUUAACAGACAUAAAACAUUUGUUUCUGUGUGACUGUACUUCAAGCUUGCUGAUGAGAAUAGUGACCGAAAAAAACAACAACAACCACGACUCAAAAAACUGCAUUUAAGAGAAAAAGAGGAGGAAAAGACAGUGUCGAAGACUGGGACCCUUCUGCUGAUUUUUUGUGGGUCGGUAAUAUUCAGUAUGGGAUGUUUCCCGCCUGUUGACUCCUGACUUCCUGUGAGAGGACGUGACUGUAACUGUGGAGUCUGCACUGUCGUUUCUGUCCCCUCUUUAAAAACUAAAAAAAAUACAAAAAAGUGGGACCAUGGAUUACAUUUUUAUUUAUUUUUCGCAGUGCUGGUUUCAUCAGGUUGUUCCAAUCCCAUCAUUCCCCCCCCCCAACCCAGCCCCUCUUUUUGUACCAUAGUAUUUGUUUUAUUUAUGUUUGUCAUUCUAGGCAGUGUUACCUUGUAUGUCGUUAAAAAAGGCACCUCUUGAAAGUCGCUGAAGGAUGAUGAUGAUGGAUGCAUUAACUGAAGUCUUUUCUUUUUUUUUUGGAUCGUUUGCUUGUUUGUUUUCUUACCAAAACAUUAGGGCAAGAACCCAGUAGUGGACUUGCGUUGCCGUGGUAGUAUUUAUUUUGAAUUAAAUUAAAAAGAAAUACAUUUCAGGGUU